AUGUCAGAAAAUACAGAUCUAGAUAAAAUAUUAAAUGAUCUACAAUCAAAGUAUUCAAAUAAGUUCAGGUUAGACCAAAUUCAUUUAGCAUUUCAAAUCUACAUUGAUUUAUUCAUUUUAAAAAAAUGGGAAUCUGUCGAAUUUAAAAACAAUAAAGAUUUAAUUUUUAUAUAUGCAAUCGAAAAAUUGGAAAAUUUAAAUAAUUAUAAUAUAGUAAUACCGUGUAAAUCUACAUCGAUUUGGAGUUUAGAAAAUUUAAAAGAAACUUUUUACAAUUUAAAUAAUAAUGAUGAUAAUAAUAAUUUAAAUAAUAAUAUUCCCAUAGAUUGCAAAUCAUUUACUUUAGGUAUCAUUGAUGACGAUUCUUCAAUUUCAUAUUACGAAUUAUCAUACGACACUGGUUUAUCUGAUAUUUUAACCAAUAAUAAUAAAUAA